GAAAUAUAUUAGUUUUGUUUCGCCUAAUUGGCCUCAUUGUCUAAAAAGGCCAAUUGUAGCGUAAUCUGGGUUUGAAAGAAAUCCACGACGUGCUCGCUCCAUCCAAAUGGCAUCGUCUUCCCCAAGGGUGGAACUGAAGGACGAGGGUCAAGGUCAAAAUCAAGAUCAAGAUCAAGAUCAAGAUCAAGAACAAGAUCAAGGUCAAGAUCAAGAACCUCACCCUGUGAAAGAGUGUCUCCACAAAACCAAAACGAUUCAGUUUCUUGGACGCACCACUCCGAUCGUUCUUCAAAACGACAAUGGACCCUGCCCUCUCCUUGCUAUCUGUAAUGUUCUUCUGUUAAGAAACAACUUAAAUUUGAGUCCAGAUAUUGCUGAAGUCUCACAGGAGAAAUUGCUUUCGUUGGUUGCUGAACGAUUAAUUGAUUCGAAUAGUAACGUGAAUAACAAAGAUGCAGGCUACGUUGAAAAUCAACAACAGAACAUUGCCGAUGCAAUUGAUUUGCUUCCUAGGCUUGCAACUGGCAUUGAUGUAAAUAUACAAUUUAGGAGAAUAGAUGAUUUUGAAUUCACUCCAGAGUGUGCCAUAUUUGAUCUGCUGGACAUCCCCUUGUAUCAUGGCUGGAUUGUUGAUCCCCAGGAUUAUGACACUGCAAAUGCGAUUGGAUCGAAGUCCUACAAUGCCCUAAUGGGAGAGCUUGUUUCUCUUGAAACCCUAAACAUGGAAGUCCAGCAAAAAACUAAUCCAGAAGAAGAUUGUGUCGAUUUUGUGGCUGCAACAACUGCUGCUCUUGGCGUUCCUUCUCCUAGUCUCUCAAAAGCCAGGUCUUUUGAUGAUUCUCCUCAUUCUGAUUCUGAUCAUACACUGAGGAAGGGUGAUCUUGAAGAAGAGGCAGAGUUGUUAAGAGUCUUGAAACUAUCUGAGGCUGAUUCUAAAGCUGAAGUAAGUGAUCCUGCUGUAGGUCAUGUAAAUGGAGGAGAGAUUUCUAUCAGUAUGGAGAAAAAUGCGCAUAGCGAGCAGGUUAUAAAUGUGGAUUCGGGAGAUAAAUUAGGAAAUAGCACUGGUGCUGGAAACAAUGACUUUCAUGAGCCAAAGCCUUCCUUGUCUGAUGAUUGCAUUGCUUCUGGCAAAGAUAGCAAUGGACUGAUAUCUUCUACAUCUACAUUGGGGGAAGCAGUUAAUUCAUCUUUAAAGACUGAUUGCAUAAGUGGUCAUCAUCAAUCAGCUUAUAUGGGACCUGAAGAAUCUAUUCUCCAGAAUGAUAUGAUUGAGAAGAACAGCCUUGAUGCAUUGGUUCAGAAUGGGAGUGAAGCUAUCCCUUCUUCCGAAAAAUUAUGUGUCUCUCUGUUUGACAGUGGUGCAGAUGUCUCUGGUGGGGGUGGAAAAAUUCAUGAUCAAUCCCCUCCUACAAAUGUUAAUCAUGAAGUUGUGGAUGAGUGUCACGGGUCUGAUGCAACAGGAUUAUCAUACUUAUCCCCUAGCCAUACAAAUUUAGGUUCAUCUUGUGUCAGAUAUCAUCAAACUGAUGCUUCUGGAGCAUUGCCUUCAACUGUUGAUGGGAGUGAGCCCAUAUAUGAAGGAGAGGAAUGUGUUUUGGAUACAAGAACUGGAAAUUUUGAGGAUCGUGAACCUGUUUAUGAAGGUGAGGUGGUACUUGCAGAACAGGCUGAUAAAAGCCCCUUAGCGGCUCCUGAUCCAAGAGCUAAGGAUGAAAUUACCCCAGAACAAGGUGAAUUGAUCAAAAGUUUCUUGAGGAAUAAUGCCAGCCAGUUGACAUUUUACGGUCUUUUCUGUUUACAAGAUGGUCUUAAAGAGCGUGAGCUUUGUGUUUUUUUCCGAAACAAUCAUUUCAGCACCAUGUUCAAGUUUGAGGGUGAGCUCUAUCUUCUAGCUACGGACCAAGGUUACAUAAAUCAGCCUGAUCUGGUCUGGGAAAAACUAAAUGAGGUCAAUGGUGAUACAUUAUUCAUGACCAGUAAUUUCAAGGAAUUCAAGGUUGAAAGCCAUGAAAACAGCACAUGGGAUGAGAACAAUGCUCUGACCAGCACUGCCGACUAUCUUGCCAGCAUAGAUAGUGCAACACAGGCAGGCUUAGAUAUCAAUUCUGAUCUGCAAUUAGCGAUAGCUUUGCAACAACAGGAGUUUGAGCAGCAGCCACCUCGUCAUAAUAAUCCACAGCAAUCAUCCACUACUGGUAGCUCUAGACUGGUCACAGGUCCCCAGGUGCCAAGAAACACUGGAAGGCAUUCAUCUUCAUCCACAUCUUCAUCUUCGAAACCUGAUGGAAAAUCCAAAGAAAAAUGUAUAGUGAUGUGAAUUUCACGUGCAAAGUUUGUUUUAAAAGCUUACACUUUUGAAUGCAUGGCCUUGACUCUAUUGUACCCCAUUACAGUAAUCUUAUUCCUCGUGUCUUGUAUGUGACAUUAGGUUAAAUUUCUUAUGUAAAUAUUGGAAGUAUAUAGUCUACCACAGUGCUAGGUCCUUUUUAACUUUGAGAUCCCAACGUUGUCUGGACUAACCUUCCCAACCAACGUUUCUAUGAGCGUAGGCCCGUUUUAUGCUGAUUGAUUGUGCAGCACUUUAAGUAGGGAGUAGAAAGCCCAGCCAGCACGGUUUUAAAUUGCUAUUUAACCUGUGUCCUCGAUAGUACUGAUGUAACAGUAUAGACAUUGUGUUCAACUUGCUAGCUAGGUAUUUACUGGCUCGGAGCACAUGGUAUUAAAUUUAUGGGAAACGGUUGAUUUUAAACUU